GUGACGUAUCCUGAUUCUCUUGACGGCGGAUACAAGGUAGCGAGCAACGAGCAGUCGUGUAUUUUGAAGAAAUUUCCACAUUAAUCUCUCGACGGAGCUGGAUUUCGCCGCACGAGAUUCAGUAUGCUGGCCCUUAUCAAUCGGAUCUUGGACUGGUUCAAGUCUCUCUUCUGGAAGGAAGAGAUGGAACUCACUCUCGUUGGCCUGCAAUACAGUGGAAAGACUACCUUCGUGAAUGUCAUAGCGUCGGGUCAGUUUAGUGAAGAUAUGAUACCAACUGUAGGCUUUAAUAUGCGCAAAAUAACCAAAGGCAAUGUCACUAUAAAAGUAUGGGACAUUGGCGGUCAACCAAGGUUUAGAUCUAUGUGGGAGAGAUAUUGUAGAGGAGUAAAUGCCAUAGUUUACAUGGUUGAUGCAGCUGAUUCAGAGAAGAUUGAGGCAAGUCGUAAUGAAUUACACAAUUUGUUGGAUAAACCACAAUUGUCUGGAAUACCAGUUUUGGUUCUGGGUAAUAAAAGGGAUCUACCUCAUGCAUUGGAUGAGAAUGGGCUCAUAGAAAGAAUGUAAGUUUCACUCAGCUAUGUAUAACAUUUUGCAAAUAUAUGGAUAUAUAGUAUUUCGUGUAAAGAAAAAGACAAUAUCGAUAUCACAUUACAAUGGCUCAUAGCGCAUUCAAAAAGUGGAGUUCGUUAAUACUCUUAAAAUCUCCCAUUUGUUAGUAUCGGCGAGACUUUGAUACUGAUAACAGUAUUGGGAUCAAUUGUGAAACGAUCGCAUUGAGCAAACUCUGUUCAAAACUGAAGUCAUUAUUGUAGAAAAUUACUCGAGCUUUAGCUAUCUAAGUUGGUUGGUGCGAAUAUGUGGUAAAAUUUAAAAAUCAUGCUUGUAUGCCAAGAAUCUGCUCGUGUGAAUUAUACCAUAAGGCACUCAUUUCCCGCGAGCAUCUUAGUAAUAAGGAACAAUUUUUUAUAUUUUCGUUUUAGGUAAGUCCAAGAAUAUAUUCCAAUACUUAAUAUAACAAUUAAAUGUAAUUAGUAUCUCUGUAUUUUCUAUAAUUACCGUUAUUGUGUAAAGCUGAAAUAAUACCAACAUAAUCGCAGUU